AUGACAGUUCCCGUUGAGCUCCGUCAUGAUCUCGAAGAUGCUGCAAACCGUAUGCGCAUCUCAGCCAUCGAGAUGACCUGUGCCUCGAAGAGUGGGCAUCCAACGUCUUCUACUUCUGCAGCUGAGGUUAUGUCCACGCUGUUUUUCCAUGAGAUGAAGUACGAUGUCGCUAACCCAAAGGCAGCGAGCGCCGACCGUUUCGUACUUUCAAAAGCGCACUUGAUGUUCCAGGGUCAUGCCUGCCCAAUCCUCUAUGCAGCAUGGGAAGAAGCUGGCUUGCUUUCAAGGGACCAGGUCAUGUCUUUGCGUAAAGUCACCUCGGAUAUCGAAGGACAUCCGACUCCUCGUCUGAACUUUAUUGAUGUUGCUACGGGAUCACUUGGGCAGGGCUUGUCGUGCGCCGCUGGAAUGGCUUAUGUCGGAAAGUACAUCGAUAAGGCAAGCUAUCGUGUGUUCUGCUUGUUGGGAGAUGGAGAAACUGCAGAAGGUUCAGUGUGGGAGGCGGCAGGUUUGCAGCUAUCGUUUUUCUUUGUUAAACUCAUCAUAAACAACUCGCGGGCUGG